AUGACUGCGGCCCAAAUUCAGAAACAAGUACUAGAGGACGUGGCCCUUAUAACGAAAGUGGCUAAAACGUCCACCAACUUAAAAGGGACCUUUGUGCGUGAUUUAAAAGAUGCUGUAGCCUCCAUUACGGAUGCUAUAGAAGUUCUUGGUUCGCGCACCAUUUCGGAAGAGACGCGGCAGCUGCAGAACGACAAUUCUCGACUGCAGGCUGAAAUGGCCAGCCUCCGUUCGGAGAUGGCCCAACUGAGAGAAGAUAUGGAGAGGGUUCGGUCGCAAGGUUCCGUGCACACCUUCUCACAUAAUAAUAAUAUGACUGAGGAGCUGCCCCCUGUUCCGCAGCCUCAGCAAAAAUUGAAAGUCCGACGUGCUAACGCUACGUUGACUGCGUCUUCAAAUGAGGAACUCUGUCGUUCGGUGAUGGUCCAGGUUGGAGAAAUGGUUAAUGCCCGCCUGGCCUCCUUUGAAGACCGACUCCUCCCGGAGAAAAGCCUGAGGCCCCCGCUUGCAGCGGAUAAGAAGAGGCCAAGGAAAACUGCGUCUACUGUCGAUGCUACCAUCCGCGAGAAUGUUCCGGGUCCCAAUAAGCCUACCCAGGAGAAGAAUAAUGUAAGAGAGUCACGACCGGCCCCCACUUGUUUACCUAGCGAAGGACAUUGGGAAAAAGUUAAGCAGCCGCAGCAGCAAGGACGCCCGCAGCUCAGACCUCAAGAGAAGUUGGAACGCAAGCUCCGUCCUCCACGAUCAGCAGCCGUGGUCCUCACGCUGCAGCCAGGGGCUGAGGAGAAGGGCGUUACGUAUGCCACAGUGCUCAAUGAGGCCAAGAAAAGAAUUGUCCUUCCUGACCUUGGCAUAACUGCUUUGCGGUUCAAAAGAGCUGCGGCGGGAGGACGAAUUUUGGAAGUGCCAGGAGCUUCCAGUUCUGAUAAGGCAGACUCUCUUGCUCAAAAGCUGAAGGAAAUAAUGAGCGAUGAUGUUGUCCGAGUUUCCAGACCCAUUAAAUCUGUAGAAAUGCGUGUGUCUGGUCUGGAUGACUCUGUUUCUGGCGAAGAAGUGGUGGCUGCUAUAGCGCAGCUUGGCGGUUGUCCAGCUGAGCAGGUGCGGGCUGGUGAUAUCAGAAGCGAUAACACAGGUCUUGGGACAUUGUGGAUUCGUUGCCCAAUUGCAGCUGCCAAAAAGGUAGCUGAGGGUGGAAGGCUCUUAGUAGGCUGGAUUUCAGCACAAGUUAAGGUGCUCGAUGUGCGGCCACAGUUGUGUUACCGUUGUUGGCAAAGAGGACACAUGAAAUCACAAUGCACCAACGAUGUCGAUCGUAGCAAAACCUGUUACCGAUGCGGACAGGAGGGGCACAAGGCGAGAGGAUGCUCUGCUGCACCGCACUGCAGCGUGUGCGCGGCAAGUGGAAAAAUGGCUGAUCACAGAGUGGGCAGUAGUACCUGUGGCCAGUCUAACUCUGGAAGAAGUAAAAAACAGUUGCAGAAAGGCAAGGCUGCCACUGACCCCCGGGUCUCUUCGCAGUCUGUCCACCCGCCCUCAAAUACACGAGCCCGGGAUGAGGAAGCAUCAAUGUCCGAGGGUUAA